UGACGAUAGCUCCACCAAACGACACUACAGAGAGUAAAUACAAAGUAGAAAUGUCGGCCGCAAAAUAUUCUGUCUCCAUAGUUAAUCAGUGAAACAUUAUGGAAAAUAACAACUGCGAGUGGGUCGGAAGUGAAUGUGGUCACCAUGCCUCCUACACCUUCUUCAAGGGGGUCCGAUACCUGGUGCCUGGGGCCCCUGACACGGAGCCCAAGGGGCCGGCUCAGGGGCCCUGGAAGGUUCUCUCGAUCGGGCAGUUCUUCUUUGUAAAGAUCUGGGGAGAAUCUGAUCUCGUUUCAGUUGCAGAGCUUCAACUGCUCUGGGAGGAUAAGGAUGAGAUGAUAGCUGUAGGAGAGAAAGCUGUUCUCCGGGUUGUGGAUCUGGUGGAUUGGAUUGCUCCGGGGGAUAAUGAUGAUGAUGAACAAGGUGUUGUUGUUGUCUCUGCUCCUCACUAUUUCAGAUACCGAAGUAUAUUGAAGAGGUUGGAGGGUUUGGAGGAUAAAUGGAUGAAAAACAGCCUCGUUGUCGCCCUCGGAGGAUUCACAACAAAAACAAGGAGAACAGCUGUGAUGUUUGCCAAAGAGAUAUUUGAUUAUCCUGAACUCGAGGAGCAUCCACAAUUGUGUAAUCAUUUAGCUCCGAAGUUAAAAGGCCGACCACGAAAACGCCGGAAGCAUGAUGUCGGUAGUCCGGAGGGAUCUGAACCGGAUUCAACUGGAUCGGAUUCUGCACAACCUAAGACGAACGGGACUAUCCCCCCUAGGCCCGGGGCCCGGAAGGAUCUCAUUAACAUCCUCUCACAGAAGAACACGAAGGAGGAACUCAUCUUUCUCAAGAAACUCAUCAGGUUUAUGGAAGACAGAGGAACUCCUAUUGAAAGACCUCCAAUGCUCGGGUUUAAACAAAUUGAUCUCCAUCUCUUCUAUGAGAAAAUCUGUGAGCUGGGCGGCUAUGAUGGUUGUGUUACGAAGAAAGCCUGGAAGUCUGUGUACGACGACCUUGGUGGAAAUCCAUUAAAUACUAGUGCGGCAACAUGUACACGGCGCCAUUAUGAAAGAUUUCUUCUACCAUUUGAACUGCAUAUGAGCAGUGAUGAAGGUAAGGGAGAGAUAACUCUGGAUGAAACUUCUGGAAACCUGAUAAACGGAGACGAACCACUAGAAGAGGAAGUUAAGGAACCCCCUACCGUCGAGAAAGUCGAGGAAAAGAAGGAGGUUAAACCCUUUGGACUUAAACCUCUUCAGCUUCUUACGGAACCCAGCUUGCAUCAAAGCGAAGAGGAAAACAAAUUAAAAAUCGAUGAUUUGAUCAUAAUUCCGAACAGUUUAAAUCCUCUAGAGGAGGGAGGUUCUGCCCUCCAGAACCUCGCUAAGAUCGCCAGUAGAUACUCCUCGUUAAACAAGGAUAAAUCAAGGGCUCAGGACUUUACUAGUCCCAGUGCCAAGAAACCCAGGGUUGAAGAUAAACCUGGAGUAGCCCAACCUCUUCCUCCUACCACCCUUAGUAAAAAGACGUCAAGUCACACCUCCUCCCUUCCCCUCUCCCCGCAUUUAGAAUCUAAAAAUGCCGCCACAGCCAGUGCUCUUCUUCAGCAGUUCUCUUUACUCUCACCAGGACUUUUCGGAGCCUGGCCCGGAGCAACGGUUCCUCCGACUGCUUCUCCAUCAUCAAGUACAUCUCCAUCCUCCAAAUCUCCGAGCAGUUGGUUAUCAGGUUUUAACCUUGAUUCUAAACCUGGGACAGAUGGGUACAAUCUACUCAAGUAUUACGAGCAGCAACUAAAGGCCUUGCAGCAAGGAGGAGUACCAUCACCAACAACUAGUGCUAGGGUUAACGGAACUAAGGAAACUCCGGUUAAAAAGGAAUCUAAGGCGGGGAAAGAGAAACAGAAAGUGUGUAAACCUCCCCCUGAUACCAAGAAACCACCCAAAUUACUGCAAAGUCCUUGUCAAUUCUUGCAAACAUCUAACAUUUACGGGAGUCCAAAAUCUGAUCUCAUCCGGGCCAAAGAGUCCGCUUCUAAGAAGGAUGAGGGAGGAGAGAUGGAUCUAAACCCGAACCAGGUUCUAGAUCUUAGCUCUGGGUCUAGUAUGGAGUUCAGAACUAUCUCCCCGCACAGAUCUGCUCCACCAAACAACUCCAGUACUGGAGCUUUCAACCUCUCACGCCCGGAGGUCAGCCGAGAACCUGAGGAUCGGAGUAAGGUUGCUGAGGCUAGUCUUGAUCUCACGACCGGUCGUAGUAGUACCCCUAGGUCGGAUACAUCUAAAAUGUCCCCAUUCUCAGCAGAAGCACUUCUCAGCCGACCCAGUUCCAGGAAAAAUGAUUCUCCUAAAAGUUUCCCACCUUUAAGUAUGGGUAUACGAGGAAUCCUUGAACCUGAGCGCUCCACGCCCCAAUCCUCCUCCCCCUGGCUGCCCCCGCCUCCCAAACCUGCAGCUCCAGUGCCACCUGUAGUACGGAGUACAGCGGGACAGUUUUAUGGGAUCUCUCUACCCUCUACUAUGUCCGGGCUUCACGGACUCUCCACAGAAACAACGUUCUCUAGUCUCUCCAGCCUUCCAACUUCUAGUCUUCAACCCUCAUCAGCCCCUCCCACCACCAACCCGUACUUACAAGCCUUGAUGUCUCCGUUUAGUAAACCACCAGGAUCAGCAGCAGCAUCUCCAGCUGCUGCCAGCUUCCCUGGACUUAAUAGUAUGGAUCCGUUAUCCCAGUACUAUGCUGCUCUUUACAGUCAGCAGAUGUCAGCUUACAACGCUGCUGCUCUGGGACCGUACGCAGCAAGUUUAUCUGCGGCGGCAGGGCUUGGCGGUCACGGCGGGCUGGGAUCAGCAGGAAGUCUAGCAGGUCUAGGCGGGGCUUCAGGAUUGGCGGGACUAGGACUAUCCAGUAGUUUAGGAGCACAAGGAAUAGGACUUGGCUCAGGAUUAGUUUUCAGCUCUGCUGGAUUAGGAUUUAAUUCACCAGGGUCUGGACUGGCUUCCACCGCAGGACUUCGGCAGGGAUAUAUGUCUAGCACAGCCACUGCUGAGCUUCAGGCACUUCAGGCAUACAAGGAUAUGAUGACUAGAUCUGCUAUGAGUAGUGUACAACAACCCUCACCUAGCUCUAGUGCUGCAUCGAACCCCUACGCGGCCCUGUACGCAGGUCUAAUGGGGUAUCCUGGGUUCCUUCCCCCUAGGAAAGAUCAGUAAGAUACACAAAGUGAUGAAGCAAGCACUGAAAAAAAGUGUUUUAAUUUAGAGAAAUAUAAAAACGAGAAGUU